AUGAACAAAACAUUAGCUUUAAUAUUUGGAUUACUUAUACUCUCAUUCUUCACUUUCACAGUAUCUGCCGGAGCAGAAGAAUCUGCUAGCAUGUCUUCUGAAAGUAGCUCUGAAGAAUCUGCUGAGGUAACUGAGGAAUCCUCUGAGGUAACUGAAGAAUCUGCUGAGGUAAGUGGAUCAGAAUCUUCAGAACAAGCAGCAAGCGCACAGCAGGAGAGUGCAAGUGCAGAGACAGCCAGUGCAAGCUCAGCAGAGGCAGCCAGUGCAGGCUCAGUGCAGGCUGCAAGUGCAGAAAAAGCCGAUGCAAGCUCAUCAGAGGCUGCAGGUGUAAGUGCAGGUGCACAGCAAUCAGGAGCAGCAAUUAAUGCUAGUGAAGAAGGAGCAGGAGCUGGCUCAGGGGAUGAGGCAACCUCAAAUCCAUCUAGGAGUGGCUCAAAAAAGAAAUCAGGCAAAGGAUCUAGGUCUUAA